UGACAUAAUGUGAGACGGACGGCGGUGAAAGACGUCGUGUGCAGAUACGAGUUUCUGCUGGCUCCACAUAUUAAGGCUCCGGGCCUAGUUUGGAGUUAGCCGCUGAUAAUGUGAUGCUGGCAGUGGAGACAGGUCUCGUUAGCUGCUCAGCUAGCUGACAGCAGCAGCAUGGACUAACUGCGCAGAGGAGGAAAACGCCAAAUCACUUUCUUAUUUUAGAGUCCAUGCUAGCUGCCCGAGCAGUUGCGGUGGGCUUCGCUUUAAUAACUGCGGCAAAACCCAUGACUUCCGUGGCGGCGACGACGUCCUCCGAGCUCCGGGGGCUGCAUGGCUCAGCCAGCCUGGAUGCACGCUCCGGGAGCCCGUGGCGGAGGCUGCAGAAGCUGCUCGCAGUUCCGGGACACGUCCCGAGGAGAGUGAACGACCUGCUGCUGCUGCGGCCCGACACAGACGAUCAGAGCGAGCCAGAGGAGAAGGAGAGGAGCGGUAACAGGCAUGUGGUGUUCUUCCACGGAGAUAUUCAGAACUUCCAGGAGGAGAUGGCUCUGCAGCCUGAAGGAGCUCAGUGGUUGUCCUGGAGUCUGGAGCAGGUCGCCGUCACUCUGGGCCGACGUUUCCCCAACAGAUACGUCUGGGUGGUCAGAGCCUCCCGCAUGUAUCUGCACAAGUUCAGCUGCUACCACAACUUUGUAGAGAGCAACAUGUUUGGGGCGCCGGAGCAUUUUCCGUACUCGGCUGACUUCGGAGCGUUUCGACACCUCAGGGCCCUGCUGAGCCACGGCAUGGAGCGAGCCCACCUACCAAACCCCCUCCAACCAGAAGGAGGUGCUGACAGCAUCCCCUCAGGGUUCUCCCUGACUCUAGUGGGCUUCAGCAAAGGCUGUGUGGUUCUGAAUCAGAUGGUGUAUGAGCUGGCCGGGGCCCGCGCAGACCCACAGAUGGCACCCUUCGUCAAACACAUCACAGACAUGUUCUGGCUGGACGGGGGGCACCCAGGGGGCAGCGAGACCUGGGUGACGGACAAGCAGGUACUUAAAGAGCUUGCUGUCAGUGGAGUGUCGAUCCAUGCCCACGUGACCCCUUACGAGGUGUGUGACCCGAUGCGGGCCUGGGUGGGCCGCGAGCACGGACACUUCAUCAAGACUCUGGAGGAGUUCGGGGCCUGUCCCAGUAAGAAGCUGCACUUUGAGGACGAGCCCCCCUCCAUUGAGAACCACUUCAGGGUCAUCCAGGAGUUUUAAGUCCGCUUUAAAACAGCUAAAGCACACACGUGUGAACGCUGAGCUGAUGGUCUGUAGCGCUCCACAUUACUGAUAGAAUGCAGGUUGUGUGUCUUACUCGCUGGUCUUACCUCAAUUUUUGUGUGAUUUAAGGGCUUGGGAGUUUAGAGCAGGUGACAGAUGCUGGUGUUGUGUUCAUUCUUUGCACUGCUAAAUGCACUUAACCUGAGGUGAUCCUCCCCCUGCUCCCUGAGCAGGAGUAUGCAGGUAUGAAAAGCGGAUGAUGGAUCGUUGUAAUAUCCAGUGUCUUCCUCUAAAAAUCCUGUAGGCUAAAUGUCAUUUUCAACUCAACUCUGGCUCAGUUUGUGCUCUUGCAGAGCUGUUGGUUUAAAAAUAUGAACAAGUCAUGUUGUUUUCAGUUUGAUUUUGUUUGAGGGAAUUCCUGUAACUUAAGUUGUAUUAAUCAUUAGUGUAACUUUGCUACUUAAUUUAAUUUCUGCUGCUUUUAAACAGAGCUUCAUGUAUGUUUGGCUGAAGCAGAGCAGCUCAUUACAUUCUCUUUAUAUCUGCACUUGUCAUUGACACCUGAAUGUCUGAAUGUCUGAACGUGACUCUGCAGUGUCACGUUCAGACUUCAUUAGUUGGUCUUCUAGUUGAUUGUAUUUAAACUGUGGCCAAUUUAUUAAGCACAGCGAGUUAACAGAUGGUUCUGUUUCAUUCCUUCAGUCUGAUCCGAAUGGUGGAUCAUUCACCAGUAAUUCAUCAGAUCAUUUCUGUUUAAGUGUAUCAUAAUUUACUGCAAGAGGAAACCAAAACAUGGAAGUUGUAUUUUGGUAGCAUUUAGUUUUUUUGUCACUGCCACCAUGAGAAAUACAUAAAUCUGCUCAUUUGUUCAUUAUGACAAUGAACACACUGUGACCUCAAGGUCCAUUAACUUUAAAAUGAGUUUCAUUAUAACAGUAUUUUAAAAAGUUAUGUUAACUUUUUCUCACAACAUACUUUCAUUUUUGUUCUAAGUUUACCAGUAGGGAUGCACCGUAUUGGAUUUUUGCAGAUACCUGAUAUUUUUCAACUCUUUAUUGUCUGAUUGCUUAUACAUGCACAUAUUUUUUUCUAGCUUACAGCAGAAAACAUCAGCUUUCUCUUGUAGUGGAAUUAGCAGAUUGUUAUGUUCCUGCUGUGACAAAAAUACAAUGGGUUUGAAAACUACAAAUUCAUUGGGCAAAAAUAAGAAAACUACUUCAACAUAGCACACAUAGUGGUCAUUUUUAUGAAACACUGGAACGGUAAACUCUGACAGGCAUCAUUUGCCUGUAACCUUUAUUAGCCCAUACUGUUGCUGAUGAUGAUGCCAGCAUCAUCGUGCAUCCCUUUAUUCCAGAUUAUUUCUGAAUAUAGAAUAUUAGAACUACUUUUUUUUGGUAAAAUUAACUAAGUUGUAUCAACACAAAGAUAUACUACCGUUCAAAAGUUUGGGGUCACUUAGAACUGUCCUUUUUUAUUUUUUUUGAAAGAAAAGCAUUUUUUUCAAUGAAGAUUUAUCAGAAAUACAGUCUAGACAUUGUUAAUGUAGUAAAUGACUAUUCUAGCUGGAAACAGCUGAUUUGUAAUGGAAUAUCUACAUAGGGGUACAGAGGAACAUUUCCAGCAACCAUCACUCCUGUGUUCUAAUGCUACAUUGUGUUAACUAAUGGUGUUGAAAGGCUAACUGAUGAUUAGAAAACCCUUGUGUAAUUAUGUUAGCACAUGAAUACAAGUGUGUGAGUUUUCAUAGAAAGCUUGAAAUUGUCUGGGUGACCCUAAACUUGUGAAUGGUAGUGUAUAUGUUAAUUUUCUCUUGGUGGCAGACAUGUUAUAUGUACUGUGUUUUUAGAGCUGCUGUAGGUAAAUAUACAUGCUAGUAUUGUGUCAGUAAAUCCUUGUUCAGAUCAAACUGCUGAUGGCCUGUCAGCUGGCAGCAUGCUUAUUAAUAAUCUGUAUGACCUUUGUGUAACCUUAAAUAGCAUCUUUGCACUAUGCUAAAGGCUGCAAGUCGUUUUGCUGAAUGUAACUUCAAAAGCAUUCCAUUAUGUUUACUACUCGCUGUAUGCUGUGCUGUUUAAAAGCAGGACUUAUAUUAAUGUUUGUUCAACAGUUGAGCGAGUGCACAGCCAGCAUAAUGUGCACCCUUUUAAAUGAUUUGUCUGCUAUCUGGUACACACCGACACCCUGCUACUUCGGCCUAUUUCCAGCUAACCAGUGAUGCAGGAUGUAACUCUGAGCUCUUUAGAAUCAGCAGGUGGCAGCAGUGUGGAAAAAUGAAAACACAGGGAACUGAAACAGACUGUCAACAAAGAUGACAUGAGAAAUAGUCCAUCACAUAUUUUCUACAAUCUUUAAUGAGCUUUUUCAGUUUGCUUUGUGAUGCCUAUAUAUUAGCCUGCAGCUGAUCAGAAUACAAACGGAUUAUGUCUUUUUUUUUUUGUAGUAAUUUCAAAUGCAAUCAGAAUGCUCAUACAUUAAAAAAAACAAUAUAAAAUGCAAAAUAAACAUACAUCUCUUCAACAUUUA